CAGGUACAGACAGGAUGUUCCGGGUGAGAGAGGAGGAAGUAGAGAGGAGACUUUGGUGGAAGUGGCAGCAGAGGAGGUAAGUUAUCCGUCUACAAGGAGACCUGUAUAGAUCACAUGAUGGCACCAAUGAGGAUGGAGGAGGACUGGAGUCACAUGACUGAGAAGAUACUAAACCUCACCCUGGAGAUCAUCUACCUGCUGACCGGAGAGAGAUUUCCACUUCUGAAGUCAGGUGAUCAUAUGACCAUCACAGUGCCUCCAUGUGACUCCCUAAAACCUGACAGACACAACAUGCAGAAGAUUCUAGAAGUCACCAAGGAGAUGAUGGGCUGCUGACAGGAGAGGUUCCUAUAAGGUGUCAGGGUGUCACUGUCUAUUUCUCCAUGGAGGAGUGGGAGUAUUUAGAAGGACACAAGGAUCUCUACAAGGACGUCAUGAUGGACAAUCAGCCGCCCCUCACAUCACCGGAUGGAUCCAGUCAUGGGAACCCACCAGAGAGAUGUCCCCGUCCUCUGUAUUCCCGGGAUUCCACACAGGAAGGUCACACCAUCCCUCACCAUCAUCAGAGUGGAAUCCUCGGGGAUGAUAAUAUUGAUGUUAAAGAAGAGUAUAAAGAGGAGGAUGAGGAGUAUGGAGUGAUGGAGGAGUUCCCAAAAGGACACAAGGAUAUGAUGGAGCCACCUAAUACUAGGAACCCACCAGAAAGAUGUUCCCGUCCUCUGUAUUCCCGGGAUUCCACACAGGAAGAUCACACCAUCCCUCACUAUUACAAGGGUGAAGAUAUGAUAGAUAUAAAAGUUGAUGUUAAAGUAGAAGAAGAAAUGUAUGUGAGGGAUGAUCAGCAGUCUAUGGAGGAGGAUGGAAUAAAAGGGACUUCAAAAAUCAGCACAGGUGGGUCAUUAACACUAAAUACACUACAUGAGGAAAACCUCCGAGGAUUGUCUCACUUUGUCUCCAGACUGGAAAGUAGAAGAUGAGGACAUCACACAGUAUAGUCCAGAAAACCCGGCUCCCUCCAAUGUCCAUCCGGCACCACCACCCAGUGUAGAUGGACCAUCGGAUUCCUC